CAUGACAACAGACAGACAUCUCCCUUCCCACCCCUUUCCCACCAGCGAGGCUUCUUGCCUGUUUACAGGAGAGAGGCCAAGGAUCAGGGGUGGGCGGGGGAACCCUGGUCCCCCAGAGUCAGUCCCCCUCCUUUCUUCCCUCCCCCUCAGCUUACACGUGAGUGCAGGGACAACCCGGAUCACUCCGUGGCUUCCCAUUCUCAUCUUCCUCCUCGGAGCUUCCCUCCUUCUCGCAGCUCAGCUAUCUCCGGGGCAAUAAGUCCUCAUCUCUGCCAGUGCUCAGUCUUUCCCAUCUGGUCCAUAACCAAAUCCCAAGGCUGUGAACAGCCUGCCUGGGAGGCUGCAGCACAGCUGCAUCUGGGCCGAGGCUGCCCCCAGGGCAACCGGAGCUGGGGCUCCCUGUGUGCUUUCCCUCCAAAGCACUGUUUCUAAGGAUGAGUAGCCACGCCAAUAGCCUUUUCCUGAGGGAAAGUGUUUCCCAACGUCUCGGGAGGCAAAGUUGGCUACAGGGGUUGCAGGACUCCAUGCAACAGCGUGCUGCUCGAACCCGGUUGCAAAUCCAAACUAUGAACCGGGAGCGAUUGUUCCGAUUCCUACGAAGAAACGCCUUCAUUCUUCUUACAGUCAGUGCUGUGAUCAUAGGGAUCAGCCUUGCCUUUGCUCUACGCCCUUAUCAACUGACUUAUCGACAGAUUAAAUACUUCUCUUUUCCCGGAGAGCUGCUAAUGAGAAUGUUGCAAAUGUUGGUUUUGCCUCUCAUUGUCUCCAGCCUCAUCACAGGUAUGGCAUCUCUGGACAACAAGGCUUCAGGGCGGAUGGGGAUGCGGGCUGCUGUUUACUACAUGGUGACAACGAUCAUUGCAGUCUUCAUUGGCAUCCUCAUGGUCACUAUCAUCCAUCCUGGGAAAGGAUCGAAGGAAGGGUUGCACCGGGAGGGCCGCAUUGAAUCUAUCCCUACAGCUGAUGCCUUCAUGGAUCUUGUCAGGAAUAUGUUCCCACCCAACCUUGUGGAAGCCUGCUUCAAACAGUUCAAGACCCAGUACAGCACCAGAGUGGUGACCAGGACUGUCAUGAAGAUGGAAAACAGAACAGGACUGGGUAUCUCUCCUUCACCUCUUUCUUUAAUGGACAACGGUACUAGUGUCUUGGACAAUGUUACGCGUGCCCUUGGCACCCUACAAGAGGUAAUGAGUUUUGAGGAGACUGUGCCUGUACCUGGCUCAGCUAGUGGAAUCAAUGCUCUGGGCUUGGUGGUAUUCUCAGUCAGUUUUGGCCUGGUCACUGGCAGCAUGAAACAAAAGGGCCAUGCCCUGAAGGUAUUCUUCAACAGCCUCAACGAAGCCAUCAUGAGACUCGUUGGUGUCAUUAUCUGGUAUGCUCCUGUGGGUAUCCUCUUCCUCAUUGCUGGGAAGAUCCUAGAGAUGGAGGACACAGCUGUGGUUGGUGGACAGCUGGGCAUGUACACACUGACUGUCAUCGUGGGCUUGCUCAUCCAUGCUGGGGGCGUUCUUCCACUCCUCUACUUCCUCAUCACACACAAGAACCCCUUCCCCUUCAUCGCUGGUAUGCUGCAGGCUCUCAUCACAGCCAUGGGCACUUCUUCCAGCUCAGCAACUCUGCCCAUCACCUUCCGAUGCUUGGAGGAGAACCUUGGCAUGGAUAGACGUAUCACCAGGUUUGUGUUGCCUGUGGGAGCAACCAUCAACAUGGAUGGCACUGCCCUCUAUGAAGCCUUGGCAGCUAUCUUCAUAGCCCAAGUCAACAAUUAUGAACUCAACUUGGGACAGAUCACAACUAUCAGCAUUACAGCCACAGCUGCCAGUAUAGGGGCUGCAGGCAUUCCCCAGGCUGGCCUUGUCACCAUGGUCAUUGUGCUUACAUCAGUUGGGCUCCCAACAGAAGACAUCACUCUCAUCAUAGCUGUGGACUGGUUCUUGGACCGCCUCCGAACUACCACUAAUGUUCUGGGGGAUUCAGUGGGUGCUGCCAUCAUUGAGCAUCUGUCUCGGAAGGAGUUGGAGCUGCAGGAUGCUGAACUAAGCCUCCCAAGCCUCGGAAAGUCUUAUCAACUUAUCGCUCAGGAGAAGGGAGCCAAUCGAGCUCGGGGAGGCAAUGAAAGCAAUAUGUGAAUGACUGAUGGGUCCCCAGGCUAGAGCCAGAGUCAAAUUGCCCAUAGCUGGAGGACUAGAAACCCAUGUCUGAGGGUUCCUGGCCCAUCUGGUUUUGAGUCCAAAGGCACCAGCUGCUCGGCCCUAUCUGGAUCCUUUAGAAGAAAAAUAAUGAAAGUUUCUACAAGGUUUCAUUUCCUGCUCAGUAUGUUGGGAGUUAACCUUCACAGCCUAGGCAUAUGGGGUGAUAUGGAUAUGAAUAAAACCCAGCUCAUCCUAGGAUUUCUUGAGGGGGGAAGGGAGGGAACUGCCCUGUCCAAAUGUUCUCUGGGGAAGAGGGGGAAGGGAAAAGUCUCUGUUCCUGUGAUGCUGGACUGUGUGUCUCGGAAGCCCUUGUGCUAGUGUUCCCAAGGAAGAAAGAGAAAGAAAAAGUGUUAGAGCAUCUCCUGGGAAGCUAGGAGGAGGAGGGAGAGGAGACUAGGUAGCAGCAGUCCCUAGUCUAGGGUUCCUUGAGAAGGAAAGGGAAAUUGAGGGGAGAGAGUGGCAUGAGAAAUGGUCUUUGUCUCUCUGCUUGAAGAUCCAGACCUUUUGCUGGUACAGACGCCCCUCCCCCUAAUCUUGGUCCCAAGUAAAUCUUCCUAUUCACCUUUCCUCUGUGUUCUUUUCUUCACUCCUCAUAAUUUAUAAUCUUCAACAAUGUAAGAUGGAAGUAUCCAACAAUGAACACUCACUUGGUCACAGGCUGAAUCUUUCCCUUUCUUGUAUUUCCUGCCAUAGACCACAAAGACUGCUCUGUAGGCUUUCAUAACACCUCAGAAUUGAAGCCAUCCAGUCCAACCUGUACUUGAAUAAAAAUUCUCUCUUCUAUCCUCUAACUUCCUAGCUUCUUCCCCUGCCUUUAUCACUUCCAAGUUUCUCAAAAUUUGCAGUAAAGAAAAGGGGUUUUUGGGAGAAAGAAUCUUAAGGUUAUAGUUUCAGGGGAAAUAGAUGCUUUACAGGAUCACAGAUACAAAGUUGGAAGGGAUAAUCUCACAUGUAUGAAUAUUGCACCUCUUUCUAGAAACACCUUCCUCCCAUGGAUCCUAUAAGUAGACAGGCCAAUGGACAGGGCUAGAAUAACAUUACUUAGAACCAAUACAUGGUAGUUUGAGCUUGAAAUAUCCUGCUUCUAUACUUCUUGCACACCUGAAAAUAUUGAAUCCCAGCCUUUUAGUACCCUGACUCCCUCACGUCUUGUUUGGUUUAGGUCAAUGAUUUUCAAAUUAUGAAACCCUUUUUAUGAUGUAAAAUUAUUUUCAUAAUUAUAUUAAUUUUAAUAUAUUUUAUAUUAAUUUUAUUUAUUUUAAUUUCUAAUUUGGUGAAAAUGAAUGGUAAAACCCAUCAAAACUAAUUCUUUUUAGGGUUCUCAAUAAUUUUGAAAUGUGCAAAAGGCUAAAAAGCUUAAGAAACAUUGGUCUAGGCUUUAACUUAAUACAUGGUCUUUUAUAAUUAUACAAAUUUAUCUCACUAAGAUUAUCUUCUUCCUGACUUUAUGUGACUCAAAGAGAUACACACUCAUAGUGUAGGGUAGUUCUCAUUUAUUGAAUGAUAUAAGAAAGAAAAACCACUACAUUAAAAUAUUUCUACCACUGAGAAAUGGUUGCAUCAGUAAAACCUGAAAUCUACAGAUUUACGUUAGUACCAUUCUUCAGCCAGGUGUUCUGGGCAUACCUGGAUUGCCUUCAUAGAAGUAUUUUCCAGCACUCCAUUUUUAAAGCCCAUGGCGGGGUGGGAAGAAGAAAGGGAAGCAGGGAAAGAUCAACACUCCUGCUUCCACAAUCAGGCAAUCAAAAGAUCCAAGGUUAAGAGCCACUUUGAUGUUCUCCCAAGGAGGUUAUCACUUCUUUCCAUUCUUCCCCUUUAACUUUCCCUUCAGCAUGCUGCCAUAAACAUUUUCUUGCUGGGUCUCUUCUGGUAUAUUGACCAAAAAACAACUAUGAAAAUUCAAAAACUGCUAGCUUUGAUCCACAGUAACCUAGGUAUACUGGGUAUCUUCCCCUCAAAGCAAGUUCAUUCUCCAGUGCUCAUUUCUUUCAAUUACAUUGGCCACUAUUUCCAAACAGUUAUAAUAAAACCAUAGACUUAAAGCUAAAAAGGAUUUCAAAUUAUCAUCUAGUCCAAAUCCUUUCAUCUUAUAGGCAAGGAAAUGAAGAUCCACAGUGGUCAAGUGGUUUGCUAAAGAUUGUAAAUGAUUUUCAGAGUUAGGAUUUAAUCUCAGGUCCUCUGACUUCAGAGCAAGGAUAAUUACAGGGGAGGAAACCCCAAUGGUUUCAAAAUCCAGAAUACAUAUAGAUGAGGAAACUAUGCUGCAGAGAUAUUAAGGUCAUAUAGGUAGUGAAAAUCUGGACCUAGGUUGUCUGACUCCACACUCUGUAUUCUUAUUUACUGUACCUAUUUGCUGAUUCCUGGGAUAUUUAAUAAUGACAAAAACAGCAGGGAAAACAUCAAAAAUAGCUAGAACUUAUAUAAUUCUUUAAAGUUUUCAAAGUACCCUACAAAUGUUAUUUCAUUUGAAUUUCACAACAAUUCUGGGAGAGAGAUGCUACUAUGAGUUCCUUUUACAGUUGAGGAAGCUGAGGCACAUAGAGGUUAAAUGACUUGCCUGUGGUCACACAACUAUAAGUGACUGAGGUCAGAUUUGAACUCAGGUCUUCCUUAUUCUAAGUCUAGUACUCUAUCUAUUGAACCCAAGCUCUUAGCCAAAAAUUAUUUUUUAAAAAUAGAAACACCAAACUCAUCUCAACAAACACAUAUUGCGUACUUGCCGUGAUCAAAGCCCUGAACUUGGCACCAAGGCAAUACCUAAAUUAAAAAAAAAUUAAAGACAUAGUCCAUACAGGUAGGAAAUUAAAGAUGGAAUGUGCAGUACAUGACAGAGAAGUUAUGUAAUAUACACAAAAAAUAAAUCAAAGCUAUGAGACUAAUAUAGUUUGCAUAGAUUCUAGGAAGGAGAGUAUGUUACAAUAUCUCAUACUAUUGUUUUAGACAAGGAAACAAAAUGUGUAACACAAUUACAUAAAUUAAAAACUAUGAAUGAUCAGACUCUUGAGUAGAUUUUAAUGGUUCAAUGGUCAACAAAUUGAUUCAGAUUGAAUGUAAAUAGCAGUCAUUUCUGCAUUGGCCAGAAAUCUUGAAGGUCUCCCCCUUCCAAAUUAAUUCACUUAUUCAUUCAUUCAUUUAGUUUUCUUUUUGACUAGGUGAAAGAGGAGAUUCUUUCCUCAUUUGCUACCUACCCUUAAUCACUUAUUCGGUGUGACCUGAGAAAAUUGAGACCUGUAGAAGACCUUAGCUUAAGAAGGCCAAAGUCUUACAUUUCAUGCAGGGCUAUCUCCAGUCAUCUUGAUCUACAUCUUGUCAUUGGAUCCAGAUGGCUCUGGAGAGAAAAUGAAGCAGGUGACCUUGCACAGUCCUCCCUCACUUGAAUCCAAUUCCCUUGCAUGUGAUGGCAUUGCCUUCCUGAUGCCAUGGUCUUCUUCCAGAAUGAAGCUCUGGUGGCCAGGAAUCUGUGAUGAUCCCUGAACCAUCCAACAUUUUUAUCAAUGAUCUGGAUAAAAGUCAUCAAAUUUGCAAAUGACAUAAAAUUGGGAAGGAUGGGGGCAAUUUAUAUGAUAGAAGGGGGAUACAAAAAGAUUUUUACAACUGAGAGCUGAAUCUACUAAGAUAAAAUUCAAUAGGCACAAAUAUAAAGUUUUACAAAAUGGGAAAAGCUUUGUCAUUCAACAGUUAUUAUGAAAGACCUUUGGAGUUUGGUGGACUGAAAACUCAAAAAGACAAAUUCAGCAAUACAAUGUGGCAACUGCCAAGACUAAUAAAAUCUUGGGUUACAUUAAGAGAGAAAUAAGUUUUAAGAAUAAGAAGAUGAUCAUCUCUCUGUACUCUGCCUUCAAGAUCAUACUCAUCAGGACUCUUGUAUUUUUUUCUGGACAUUACAGUUCAAGAACAGCAUUGACAACUUGGAGAGCAAACAGAGGAGGACAAAGAGGAUGCUGAAAGGUCUUGAAUUCAUGUCACAUAUGUUCUUUCUUAGAUGAGAAGUUUAGUAAUGGAGUUUCUUAAUCAAAGGCUAUGAACAUUAUAGGCACUUUGUUGGCAUAAUUCCAAAUUGAUUUGCAAAAUAGUUGCACUAUUUCACAGCUACACAAGCAAAGUCUGAAUAUGCCCAUCAUUGAGCAAUUCCUUCAAUACUGACUGUGGUCAUUUUGAUUACCUUUGUCAAUUUUCAAGAUGUAGGUGGAAAUGGCAGACUUGUUUUCAUUUUCUUAUUAUUGGUGAUUUGGCUUAGUUGCAAUUUGUCUUUUGAGAACUAUUUGUUCACAGGUUUUAUCCAUUUGUAUACUGAGGAAUAGUUAUUAGUCAUUUAUGUAUUUACAUAUAAUAAACAUACAUUUUUGUAUAGUUCACAUAUCUUGGAUAUACCCUCAUUAUUGAAAUUUUAUCUUGGAUACAUUAAUUUUGCCAUGAUAAAAGUUUUUCAUUUCCUUGUAAAGUUUUAUGUUUUGUAAUUGCCUAUCUCUUACUUGUUUAAGAUUAUAUCUAUGACUCUGCCUUUCUUUAAAUUCAAUUCAUGAAUAAGUUAAGACAUCACCUUAUGAUGUUUGGUCCUCUUCAAAAAAUAAGGACAAUCAACAACAAUACCUUUCUUUAGCUGCAAGAUAUGAUCUGUUUCUAUGCUAUUUAAAAAAAAUAGUAUGGUAUUUAAUAUUAUGGUUCAGUAUCCAUUUGGGCAGCUAUGUGACGCAGUGGAAAAAGGACUGGGGAUGGAGUCAGGAAGAACUACAUUAUAAUCCAAUUUCAAAUACUAACUCUGUGACCCUGGCUGAGUCACUUAACCCUCUUUCCUUAUUUGUAAAAUGAGCUGAUAAAGGAAAUGGCAAACCAACUCCAGUAUCUUUGCUAAGAAAAUCCCAAAUGGGGUCACAAAGAGUCAGAUACAACUGAAAAAUGACUAAACUGAUUCUUUUGGAAUUUUUGUAUAACACAUCAUAAUCUAUUGUUAAGCCUAAUUUCUGUAAGAAUUUUUUUCUAGUUUUCUCAAUUGUUUUUAUCAAAUAAAUAGGUAAUUUGUUUUCUUUCUGGAUCCUACCACUGUGAGCAGUCAGUGGUCUUCAGACCAUUAUGGGUCUUCAGAGUACUACUGGACAUGGCCAGCCAUAUUCUUGAGAAGAGUCAGGAGCCAAAGGAGUGGGAAAGAGGAGACAGCUUUAUUGCCAAUCAGUUACAUGUUCAGGAACUCCUCUCCCCUUGACUCUCCACUUGUCUUCUUUUUUAUACCCUAUAGCUCCCAGUGCCACAUAUAAGCCUAAAGAAUUGUAGCCAAGUUAAAGCUGGGGAGCGUCUUCUCAGAUCUUUGUGUUCACUCCUGCUCAUUCAUCCCUGGUCAAGGUAUUCUCAUGCUUAACAGCAAACAUCCUGAGGUGCUCAGCAAAGUUUAACAAUCAUAAUCUCAGUUUGAUGGAAAACAGGCUCUGAGUACAUACACAAUGGAGUCUCUAAGUACCAAUAGCAGUUCUGCUUGUACCCAUUCUUAUUCACUGUUGCUAUCCAUUAACCUGAUAAAUUGACCCUGCACUAACCCACCUUAGUAUUUUCUCAUUUUCUCAGGCUAAGUCUUCAACAAGGCUCCUAAUAGUUUUCCAUUUUAUUAAAUUCUCUGUUAGUGAAUUCCAUUGUUUCUGCUUCUCUUUUGUGUAAUCUGUUCCAUAGAUAUAACUCUGAAUUUUAAAUUAGAUGGUUUUGAUGAAUGCUGCUUUAUAGUAUCGUUUGAGGCCUGGAAUUGCUAUCCCUCCUUCAUUCCUUUCUUUUUCCAUCAUUUCCCUUGCUAUUUUAGGUUUUUUCCCAAUGAAUUUUUAAAAUUUCUUUUUAUCAAUUUGUAUAAUUCAUCUCUUUGGUAAUUUGAUUAGUAUAGCCUAAAAGACAACCUUGAGAGUAAUGUCUUCUUUAUUAUAUUGGUAUGGUCCAAUCAUGGGCAUUGUAUUUUCUUCUAUUUACAUUAUUAUUUUUUUUAAUUUAAGAAAUACUUUGUAAUUGAAUCUAUACAAAUUAUUUGUGUGCUUUGGUGAAUUAAUCCCCACAUAUUGUAUGUGUUCUGUAGUUAUUUCUAUGAGAUUUCCUUUUCUAUUAUUGCUUCCUGGAUUUUGCUAUUAUUAAAUAGAAAUGUGGUUGAA